AGAGGAGGAAAUUUGUCUUCGGUUCUGGGUUCAGGAUCAGGAUUUUGAGAAAUAAAAUUUUGUGUGAAAUUAUUUAAUAUUUACAGAAAAUAAAUCACAAUGUCCGAUCUUCCAUAUGGACCACCAGUGCGAGUAUCGCCGUUGAUCAGGUUUGGUCGUUGGUCAUUUUUGACUGCUGGUAUUCUCUAUGGAGCAUUCCACCAAAACAGACUCUCAAAGAAAGAGGCCAAGUUCCGUGAAAUUGAAGCUAAAGAGAAGGUCAUCAGGGAUGCUAAACUUAAAGAGGAGAAGGCCAGGGCAGCUGCUGCUGAGAUCAAAGCCUUAGAAGAGAUGGUGAAUAAGAAAUGAACUGAAACCUGAAAAUCCUAGUUCUAAGCUAAUAGUGAUGACUGUCUUGUAAAGUUACACCAUUUUGAAUUAACAAAUCCUUGUAUGUAUAAGAUACAAUUUACAGAUAGACCUUUAUUCUAUAAUAUCAAAGUGGUGAUUUCCAUCAACUUUUCAAUGUUGUAUUUAAAAUAUAGGUGAUUAUUGAGU